AUCUUACCCUUGGAAUAACAUGGUUUGGUAUUGUUGUGCCCUUCCACAUACAAGACUUUGGUAUGAUUUCAUGGUAUUUUACCAUCUAUUACUGGGCAACCAAGGGCACAUUUUGGUCGCUGUUAUUUGCCCAAGUAAUACCAAAAUUUGGUAUUCCCGUGUUAUUUACCCCUGCUCGGGAGUGCAGUGCUGUGAAGAAGAUUUCGCCAUCGCGGAACUCACGGCGACUCACGGUGUGCGCGCGCUUUGGCAAGCGUCGCGACGUCACCAUCUCAACCGGUUGGCUGACGUCAUCGUUGGAGUCGGUGAUUGAUUGGCGCCUGGAGCUUUCGGGACGGAUUUUUGGGAAGUAUUGUGCUCGUAGAGUGGUUUUGGCUUUUGCGGACGAAAAUAAAGUUGGCUUACAAAAUAAAAUUGCACGAGAGUUUUUAUUAGUCUGGUCAGGUUGCAUGAGUGUUGUGUUGUUCUGUCUGGUCCUCUGGAAUUCCCUGGUCGAUUCCCCUGUCGCUGCUGUCAAUACUGGGUCGUACAGUUCGCAAUCUGUCUUGCGCGGUCGCGUCGUGGAACGUCGAGUCGAUCUGUCUGUCUCUGGUGAACCUGAAAGUGAAAGUGGAUGUUAUUCAGUUGGCGAUCAGUGGUCACGAUGGGCGAUCUGCAGACUUUGCGGAAGAAGCAGGAGAUCCUGCUGAACAAACUGGAGGUGCUGAAUCAGUUCGUCGAGCACUACAAGGCGGAAGAACACGAGUGCCAGCUGGAAGUUCGACUCGGAAUGCUGAACGACGUGUACCAGGAGUUCACGGACCUACGGACGAAGCUGGAGUUGCUGCUGGAAGAAAAGGAUGCGGCCAAGUACGCGGAUGCGGAGCCGAAGGUCAAGCAGGAGGUCGUGUCACAUCGUGAAGAGCGUGUCGUGGCCUCAGACAUGGCCAUGAUCUUCGACCCGUACGGGUUGAUCGGUCCUGUCGUCGUCCAAGCGAAAAUCUUCGUGCAGAAGCUGUGGCGCAUGGAACUGGACUGGGACGCCGCUCUGCCAGAAGAUCUGCAGGAGUACUGGCGAGAAUACCGCAGAAAUCUAGCCGGUCUAGACAGCCUGUCGAUACCCCGCUGGAUUGGCACAGGUGCAGAUGACCAGAAUGUGCAGCUUCACGGGUUCUGCGACGCUUCAGUCAACGCUUACGGUGCGUGCAUCUACAUCCGAACCGUUUCGGCCAACGGCGACGUCACCGUCCGCUUGCUGGCCUCCAAAUCCCGCAUCGCACCGCUCGAGAACCUGAAGAAGAAGAAGCGUAAGCAGUCGAUUCCCCGCCUGGAGCUGGCGUCCGCUCUGCUGCUGGCGCAUCUGUACGAGAAAGUGGCCAACGCCAUCAACUUCCGAGGCAAAGCGUUUUUCUGGACGGAUUCCAUGAUCGUACGCUGCUGGCUUGCGUCACUGCCGUCCAGAUGGAACCAGUUCGUGGCCAACCGUGUGUCCGAGAUUCAACACCUGACAGAGAGCGGAUCUUGGGACCAUGUGCCCGGAAUAGAGAACCCAGCUGACAUCAUUUCUCGCGGCAUGACACCGAUGCAGCUGCAGUACUCAAAGCUUUGGUUCAACGGACCCGAUUGGCUGAGUCUUGACCACCAGCACUGGCCGCACGCUCAAGUGCCGAACGCAGCAGACUUCGACCACGAAGAACUGGAGGAACACAACGCUGUCGCUGCAGUUGCACGUGACACCGAGCCCUGCAAACUGUUCACAGCGAAUUCGUCGUACACCGUGACAAUACGGACGACCGCUGUAAUCUGCCGCUUCUGUUUCAACAGCCGUGCGGCGAACAAGCACUGUCGCAGAGUUGGUCCGUUGACGGCUGAAGAGCUCGAGGUCGCUUUGAAGAAGCUGGUGCGCCUCGCUCAACGAGAAUGCUUCCCGGAAGAGUACGAUGCUUUGUCCAGAGAUCGCGCGAUUCCAAGCAACUCCCGCAUUGCUGCGCUGAACCCAAGAAUCGUCGAUGGAAUCCUGUGCGUCGGCGGCCGGUUGCAGCACGCCGCAGUCUCGGACAACCGGAAGCAUCCGUACAUCCUCGACCAUCGUCAUCCGUUCACGAAGCUUAUCGUCACACACUAUCACGAGACCAUGUUUCACGCUGGACAACAACUGUUGAUCUCUGCUGUGCGUGAACGGUUCUGGCCGAUCAACAUCCGCAACCUCGUUCGCGAGGUGAUCCACAAGUGUGUCGAUUGCUUCCGUGUCAAGCCGAAGGUUCUGGACCAGCUCAUGGCGGAUCUGCCGCCCGAACGAGUCACUCCGUGCACACCGUUCGCACGAGUCGGAGUUGACUACUGCGGACCUUUUCAGGUCGCGUACCCGCAGCGCCGAGCUCGCCCAGUGAAGUGCUUCGUUGCCAUCUUCGUCUGCCUGGUCACCAAGGCUGUUCACCUAGAACUCGCAGCAGACCUAACGACGCAGGCAUUUCUGGCGGCCCUCAAACGGUUCACUGCCCGGCGUGGCAAACCGAAGCUGGUCAUGUGCGACAACGCCAAGAACUUCGUCGGCGCAAGACGUGAGCUGAGCGAACUCGCCAAGCUGUUCCUAAGUCAGCAGUUCGAAGAGGAGAUUAUCCGCGAAACAGCGAACGACAACAUCGAGUUCAAGUUCAUUCUCGCUCGCUCGCCGAACUUUGGCGGCCUCUGGGAGUCCGCAGUGAAAAGCUUCAAGUUGCUGUUCAAACGUACGAUCGGGCUGCACACCCUGCUGUACGACGAGUUCCAGACUGUGCUGGUCCAGAUCGAAGCGAUCCUCAACUCGCGACCGCUCACGCCGCUCAGCAACGACCCCGCAGACUUUGAAGCGCUGACCCCAGGACACUUCCUGAUCCAACGUCCACUCACUGCGAUUCCUGAGCCAAACCUCGACCACAUUCCCGAGAACAGAUUGUCGGCCUGGCAAACUGUCCAGCGGUACACGCAGCAGCUCUGGAAGAAGUGGUCCAACCUCUACCUGUCGGACCUGCACAACCGCACGAAGUGGACUAAGCAGAAAGACAACGUUGCUGUCGGAACCAUGGUCCUGCUGAAGGACGAAAACCUCCCGCCGCUAAAGUGGCAGCUCGGACGCGUUUCCGAUAUCCACCCGGGAGCUGACGGCAACAUCCGUGUCGUCACGGUGCGCACAAAGGACGGUAGCUAUCAGCGUGCGAUCUCUAAGAUCUGCAUUCUGCCGAUCCGUGACAACCUUUCUACCGCGCAAGGGGAGAACUAGGACUCCUCCAACGGCGGAGGUCGAAAGGCCUCCGCACACCAGUUAAGUUAUGUGUUGUUUUGAAUUUCAAAAAGUUCACCGAAUCUUUUUCCUCCAGAGUCGCCACCCUGUCUGCGCCCAGACCUGCGGGUCGUUCUGCGCUCGGAGGCCGUCAAAAAGAUCGGAACUUCCGAAAUGCUCUGAGGUAACCUGUUUUGUUUCGGUGGUGGUUUGCAUGAAGAUGUUUGCUUGCGAUCUAGCUGGCAAAAGCCCAGCAUAAUUACGGUUACGGAUAACAGCGGCGCACAGCGCCUUUUCGGUCGAAAAGACUGCCCCCACUGUUUGAACUCAGCUAAAUUCUGUUCCACGUUUGGAACUCUUCGAGGUACACGCGCUCACGAUGACAGCAGCGGAGGAGACGUCCUCCCGGUCCCAUCUGCGACGACCAGCAGCGAGCUUGGCCAGCUCGUUCCCAAUCGCAGCCCGAUGGAGCCAACCCCCGUCAUCGCAGCAUCGUACACCCGGAGAACCAUCGUGUCGGUAACCGCUGAGGGUCAACAGCGACGCCAGGAGGCGUCGGGGGAGGCCACGGAGGUCUCCCCCAGUUCAGGCAAGUCGUUUUUGAAUAUAAUUUAACUGAUUAAAAAGCACCCUCUCAUCUGAUUAGGGAGUCUCGCAUCGCAUCGACGCCGACGCCGGCGUCACCGAUCGCAUCAGGUAGCAGAGCAGCAGAACACGCACGGCGCCACCCACGCACGGUGGCUUUGCGUUCAGCACAGACCAGCACAGAUCAACAGCAGCAAGCAAGCAGACAGACGAACCGACAACUGACGUCGGCGGCACGCCGUCAAAAAACAACCGCAGCACAUCGAAGCAUCCACCCCCGCGACAAACAGAAGAUCAACCGAUCGAGCCAAGCAGCAGCAUUUCAAAUGUACACCAGCAGACGGUAGCAGAUCAAGCACACCCCAAUUUCAACCCAAGUUCAAGGUCGACCUGCUGUCGAUCGACGCCAUGUUGACACCACCUGGAAAAAACAAAAAUCAACAUUUUGCAGCACACCACGACACCAAUCAACCCCAGAAGUGUCCCCAGCAGCAGCGCGGCAUCCAGGUUGAUCGUUUGAUGUCCAGUCCGGUCCAGAAAGCAGCAAAUCCGACGAAAAAUCGAUGCAUUUUCGACUGCAGCGAAAUGCACGAUGUUUACAGCCCAGCAGAAGAACAAUAUCUAUUGUCCGUGUUCGAUCGACGGCCGCAGCCGCGAUCGUAGUAUAUAAGCAAACAAAAAAUCUGACUUGACCUAGGGUAACAAUAGAUACAGUAGAAGUAGUACAUAAGUGACGAAGAUAACGGAUAAGAGAUAAGGAACAGAACCAAAACAAAUCAGUGGGAAUUGUAGUAGUAGUUGUAACAGCGAGAAGAAUGUUUGAAUCAGAGUGAUUCCAAGGCGGCCGGUAUGAUCGCGCGAGAGAUCAAAUUCCAAAUUCUACCAGCCUAAAUGUGAUCCACAAAUAAAUGUUAUUCCGUCCCUGUCUGUCCCUGAAGUGAGCAGAGUGAGCAGAGGUGAUCCUCGCUCUUUUAGAUCUCUCCCCCCGGCUCGCUUCUCAUGUACUGUCCCUUUUAGAGUAUAGUCAGAAAUAAACUGCCGACUACGCCAGACGGUUACGCGUUUUAAAAUAAACGUUUUUCUGUUCGCGCAAUAAAAUUGUUUUAGUUCGCGUAGUUUAAAAACGGUGUUUUACUGCGUCCGAAAUCUCCCGAACCGACCACACGCGCGAACAGACC